AUGAGUGAAAAGCAGAAGUUGACAAACAAAACAUUAGAAGCAUUGGUAGAGAAAGCAGGGAUUAAGAAAUACGUAUUAGAGGAUCCAAACCAAGUCGUAUGUGAUGAUAUAUGGACAAAAGAACGUGAGAGACUGGCACAGGAACAUUUAAAUCGAGAUACAUCGACAAUAUCCACCUUCUGGCAAGAAAAGUAUGAGCAGGAGGCAGCAAAGAGCUGGGAUAAAUUUUAUAAACGCAACUCGACCAACUUUUAUAAGGACCGACAUUACCUACAUUUGGUCUUUGAAGAGCUUGGAAAAAUACCCGAGAAUGGUGACACCAAGACACUUUUAGAGGUUGGCAGUGGAGUUGGUAAUGCAGCACUUCCUCUGCUAGAAAUUAAUCCAGGUCUUCAUAUUGUGGCCAUUGAUUUUGCCGAUUCAGCUAUUGAGCUAUUGAAGAAACAAUCAUUGUACAACGAAGAUCGUGUGACGGCCUCAGUGUGCGACAUCACGAAGGACGCACUACCCGACGCAGCGUUUGCCAACGGUGGCGUUGACUUUGCGCUCUGUUUGUUCUGCUUAUCAGCUCUGCAUCCAGAAAAGAUGAACGACGCAGUAAAGAAGGUUGUGGCUGCGAUCAAACCUGGAGGGAAACUUUUCUUUCGGGACUAUGGCCGAUACGACCAGGCACAGCUGCGUUUUCGUCCCGGUUGCAAGCUGCAGGACAACUUUUACGUCCGUCAAGAUAACACGAGGGCAUACUACUUUACAACGGACGAGGUGAAGGAUAUUUUCAACGAGGCAGAAACCUGUCACUGCUGUAACAUAAUCUCUCGAUGCGAUAUCACACUACAAUCGACAGGGCGGCUAGGUGGUGUAGUAAGUCUACAAAGACACUGA